AUGAUCCAUACCCGCCCUUGUUCAGGAUACACAUUCCUCGUGGCUGCAUUCAUAUUUGCCAUUCUUAUUGUCUCGAGAGCAGAUGUUCGGAAAUUCAACAGUCAGCUCCUCCAUUGCAGUGCCCCCGCUACGACUGUCAAUGCUACUGGUUCUGCGAUUCCAAACCAAGUCCAUUAUGUGUACAUCCUACGAGAUGCUGACGCUGACUUCGCGUUUCAAUUCAAACACUUUCUUUCUCUCUACUCCGUCUUGCAGCACUGGCACCCCGAUACUAUCUACCUCCACACCAACGCUAAGCCAAGCCACAUCGAGAACGCCCGGGCAGGGAAGACCGGAAAGUGGAACCAGCUUAUAUUCAACACCCCGAAUCUGCGAAUAAACCAUGUUGAACCGCCCACCGUUGCUGGAAACGGGAAACCCAUCGACCAGAUUGAGCACAAGUCCGACUUCAUCCGCGUUUCUGCCGUCUGCGAGUUUGGCGGCAUCUACAUUGACUGGGAUGCACACCCGAUUCGCGAUAUCAAGGCCUUGAGGGAGAGCGGCUUCAAUUCGGUGACUGGCCGCCAAGCCGGCGGUGAGAUAAUGAGCGGGACCUUCAUGGCGAAGAAGGAUGCUCUCUUGCUCCAGAUGUGGAAAGCCGAGAUGCACAAGGUUUACGAUGGGGGUUGGACAACACAUAGCAAUGCAGUCGUAACGCGCUUGGGCCAGCGUCUGGCACGGUUACCGGGCGAAGUCCUGAUCAUGGAGCAGGAUGCAUUUGGGCCGGGGAGCUGGACCACGUCUGACACCAUCCUGCUAUACGGGAUUCAUAACGAAACGGAAUCGAAUCUGGAGAACGCCACUGAUUGCAAGUCCUUGCCGUCUUACGAGGAAGGAGUUGCGAAUCGAUGGGACAGGCCGCAGGACUUUCCGUCAUGGGAGCACGACUACUCACAUACUUACAUAUUACAUGCGUUUAGUCCUGCUCGGAAUGGAAAUCCGGUUGAGGGCUUCGAGCAUAUCACACCGAAAUAUGUCCUUGAACGGCAGAGUAAUUUCGCACGAGUGCUAUAUCCCGUCACGAGGGAUAUGUGUCAAGCCGGCUUAGUGGAGAUAAAUGAUCCAUAUGCUGGAUAG